GGAAACUACAUGAGGUUUGAGCAUUUUCAAAUCUUCAAGAAACUGAAUCAAAUCUAACGCGAAACAUGGGAGUUCAACGGAAAUUAUUGAAGAAUGAGUCGUAGAGGAAUCAACUACUGAGAGCUUGUUGUAAUUUUGUAGACACAGUCUUCACCCUACUUUCUUUGCUUUUAUAGUCUCCUUUUCUAUUAGAAUUUAAUCUUUAUGUCAUCAAGUUGAAACUCUAAUUGUGGUAAAACUUAAAAAUACGUGGGAAUUCAAAUUUCUAAACGAAGCAUACCAAAGAUGCAUGGCAGUAUCCAGUAUAUAAUAUUUAUAAAGUUUCUAUUGUCUAAGUACCAGACUAUUUUAAUUUGAUUAAUCCACAUGAAGCAUAGUUACAAUAAAGUUAGGAGGCUAAAAGGUGUCUAAAGUUGUAACCCCCCAAGUCGAGUAAAAAGGGGACAAACACUUUUGACAAGCAGAUAAAAUUAGGUCACGUCAUAUACUUGUCUUUAAAGUUAUGAUCUUUACAGAAUGUAGAAUGACCCUAUACAGCAAUUCUGCUUUUACUUUUUUCUAUCUUUAACGUACACACACAUGGUGAUGGUCUUGGCAAUAUCCACGCACAAGAUUACUAUGAUAGGCUAUAUAGUACUGCUAGCUCCACGCGCCAAACUAUUUUUAAAACAAUAUAAUAUGAGAAAUAGAUAUAUGUGAAAUUCAUAAAUUAGCAUUCAUACUAGAUCUGGCCUAUAUCAAUUAUGCGAGUCCCAUCAUAAAACUAUAGUUAAUUUUGUCAAUAAUUAUAUAGGUCUGAGUAAAUUGCAUAGACGCAUGCUUCGUCGAGCGUAUUACAAAUUUACAAGGUAUAUGUAUAUAGAUCUAUUAUCAAAAUUUAUCGUGUCGUCUAUUGUAAAAUACAAUGUGACUCACUUCUCUACAGUUUGGAUCAAUCAAGACGUUAUUGUAUUGUAUGUACUCUCUGCAUUAGUUAUCACAAUUAUAUCCGUGAAUGGCUUGUGAUUGUGAGAGUGACAUAUAUUGUGUUUACACAAUGAAAACGUAGUUUGUUAGUUUUCCAUUAGUUAUCAUUUGAAAAUAUUAGACUACAGUGGAUGAUAAGUUAUAUUUUGAGAAAAUAAGUAGUACAUUAUGGAAACUUUCAAGUAGAUGAUUUUGUUUUAAUUUCAACGAUCGUAGGGUCUGAAUAUGAUCAAAAGAAAACAAAAUGAAUAAUGCAGUCGUUUAAGUCGUUGGGGUGAGUAUAUGUAGACUUAUUUGUAUAAUCUGACUUUCAAACAAUUCAUAAUAUUACACAAUGGUUCAUACGUCACUUGGUCCAAAUUCUAGAAGCAUUUAUGCAUUGUAAAGGGGGUCAUCACAUUUUGUGUUCUAAAUUUUCCAUUCAUAAUAAUUUGUUAUUCACCUUGGUUUCAUCAUACUACUAAAAAAUGUUGAGACGUGACGAUAUAAUUGAUUAAAUGAAUGACGCUACUGCUAUGAUAAUGACAAUAUACAAUGUAUUUUACCGACAACUUUAAAAACGAAUAAGUAAUAGAUCAAAAGAAUGACAAUAUACAUAAUACCAUCUUUUUAAUAAGAUUCUCAUCACCAUCUAUCAUCAAGUAAAAGUUGGUUCAGUGAGUUGCUCAUAUUAAUAAAAGACCUAAAUCUCUUUCUUUCUUUUUUUGUGUGUGGAAAAAGACCUAUACCAACUAUAUUAAUUCUGUAUUAUUUUGAUAUCUCCAGUUAACGAUAAUGCACGAUUUUUAUUGAAAUCUAAAUGAAAAAAUCUCACAACAAUAUAGAAUCACAGCCAUGAAGACAUACAUAAAUCGUUAUAUAUAUAAAAUAUUUACCAAAUUUUUUUAGGAUUUGAAUUGUUGUAUUAACUUAAAGUUAGUCGUAUAUCUUACUUAAAAUCAAAAGUUUUAUAUACAAAACAAUAAUAUCAAGAAAUAAGUUCAAAUAAACCAAAUCCUUUAUUUUUAUAAUCAAAGAAUUUUUUGUUUUAAUAAAGUGGGUGUAUUAUUUAUAUAUUCUUUUUAAAAAGUCCUCAAAAUUAACGAGUCAAGUGUACCUGGCAAGUACUCCCCUUCCCGUACCUACUUUACUUUUAAGCCAAAUUCCCAAAACUACCCUCGCCUCUAUAUAAAACCUGAAACCUUCCCUCACUUUCAACAAAAUCUUCUCAUUCAUUCAUUCAUUCAUUCUCAAUAAAGUCUCAUCACUCUACAAAAGACUUCCUCUCUCUCUCUCUCUCCCUAUAUCUCAAACCAAAGCUCAAAGAUGAAGUAUCUGAUCCGCCGUCUCUCCCGCGUCGCCGACUCCGCUCAUUACAACCUCCUCCGGUCCGAUUCACAACGACAGAGCCGCCGUCCCGAAUCUUUCCUCCGGUCUUCGAUGGCUCGCCGCUCAAAGAAGCAUACAUCAUGUGUUCCCCAAGGUUACGUACCGGUCUACGUAGGAGAGGAGAUGGAGAGGUUCGUCGUGAGCGCUGAGCUACUUAACCACCCGGUUUUCAUCGGUUUGUUAAACCGGUCUGCUCAGGAGUAUGGUUACGAGCAAAAAGGAGUUCUACAAAUCCCAUGCCACGUUCUUGUCUUCGAGCGCGUCAUGGAGUCGCUUCGUCUUGGAUUAACCGUGCCAAGUGACCUUCAAGAUCUAAUCGGCGACGAGACGAUUUUUUAGAGGAAUCUUUGGAAGUUAGCGAGUAAUUGAUCUGCUUGUUUUUUUUGUUCAGAUACGAAGUAUUACAAAGUAAUAGUUCGUCUUUGUUGAUAAUGUACAGAGCUAUAUAUGUAUUUCUUUCUCUUUUUGAAGAUUUGUUUGUUGCAAAUUUUCUUAAUUUUUCGCCGGUUUAAUAACUGGUUUGACAUUCUUGUGAAGAUAUAUAUGGAAAUUGGUUCGGUUUGGAUACGAAUCUGGUGUGAUUUAUUUUUCUUGUACCGAUCGAGCAAAGAAAACAAAAUAGGGAUUUGAUGUUUCGCCGAUCGAAAUUACCAAAAGGGUGAAUACGUCAAUGCGAUAUAGUAAGGAUUUUUUGGAAAAACAACUAUAGAUGAAGUUUAUACUCCUUUGAUUAAAAGUUCAUUAAUGAAAAAAUGCUUCCCUAUAAAAGAUAUGCAACAUAGAACAAAAAAUAUCAUCCAUAAUUUAUAAUUUUAUAGGUAUCUAAUCUAGUGUUAAAAAAUUAUAGUAAUAUUCGGUUACUUUUUAGCUCUAUUUGUAUCAUUUAAAUAAACUAUAUUUUUCCAUAUUUUCUUAGUAUGGUAUAGUGCCGAAAAGCAUAGUCUAGUACUAUUGAAAAAUAAUAAUUCAAUUUCCGAAAAAGUUAAGAAAUCAUGUGGGUUGAUUUGCAUUUCUACUUCCACCCUCCCAUUAAACCAAUGAGCUCGCUGUAAGAACCAAUAUUAAUUCGUUUUCGAACAAUAUAUAAAUCACAGUUAGCUAGUUGUAAAACCCAAUAUUAACUCGAUAUAUACCUAGUUAUGACCUUUUUCCAGCACAUGUGUAUAUAUGCUUUAUACGUCCCAAGUGAACUGCAUGUGAAAAUUUAACUGUCCCACAUCUAUGGAUUCUCAAUGAUAAUGUGUAUCCAUAAUCUUCCUAGUUUAAUUUAAACUAAUUAUUAGUUGAGUGACCAUCUGAGGAAGGGUGAUAACACUCUUUGAAAUUUCGUCAAUUUAUAUGAUGUCCCAUGUUGCUUCACCUGCAGCAUCACAUGCUAGUUAAAAGCACCAAUUCACAGUCAAUCAUUAUCUGUAUGUUUCUUUUCUUUUGUUCUAUUUAUUGUUAACCAAUACAUUUUUUAUAUAUAGUAUACACUAAACUGGAUUCGACUGAUCCAAAUAGUCAAGGUAACCAUAAAUUCUCAAAGUUCUGUCGGUGUAUUAACAUUAAAAUUAACAUAAGCAUCAACGUAUAUAUUUAAUUAUUAUAGUCACAAUCACCGAUCCAUAUACAUAUCUUUAGUUUCUGUGAACACAUAUUCGAUAGAACUUUGAUUACAGUUGGGUUGAUGGAAACUGUAUAAGAAAUUUUUAUUUCUUACAUUUCUCCAAUGAACAUUUAUGAUAUCUAUUUAAGUGUGAAACCGAUUUUUUCUUCAUGACUAUAGGAAAGUCUCGCAAUAAUCAUUAAGCAUCUUUUAACGGGAAAACACAACUACGUAACUGAAAUGACAAGAACUUAAUUAUAAUAAAAAGGUAAUUGUUUAAUAAUGCAUUAAAAAUUAGAACGAAAUGACAACAUGUCAGUAUAAAAUCUUACUAAUUUUAAAAGAAGAUUAUUGCAAGGAAAUGGUGAUAAGAAGCUUGGGCAGCUCAUUUCAAAUAUGAAUGGGACUAUGUUGCUUUCGAGGAAGCCACUGACCUCAUGAUUGAUUCAAUUCCUUAAACUUUGAUUCAACCUGUUUCCUUCAUUUGGGAUCACAAUUUGAUUAUAUUUGCUCUCAUAUUUCUUUAAUAAAUAUUGUUUUCUCUGUGACACAUAAUUUUUUAACCAUCGUCACCAAUUUUUCGUACGGUAAAAAUGCAGUAAUCCCGAAUAUUCCACGAGUGACAGCAACUCUUCCAUCAGAAACUGUUUCAUAAGAAGACUACAAUAUACCGGUAAUUCUUUAAGCUUUAUGCCUUAAAUAACAUUGUAUGUGCACAUUCAAUGGUUUAUCUCGCUUUUAAAGCAUUUUUUUAAACCGAAACUUCCAUCUCAAAACACUACAAAAAAAACUUGUUUAACAUCACUUAUUUUGUAUAUUUGCAUUACUUAUAAACAAUGUAAAAAAGUUUUGCAUCACUUAGUUAAAUGACUCUGAAAAUGGUAAUGCAAAUAAUUUACAUCAUUUUAUUAGCAAUUUAUAUAAAUUCAUAUUAUUUAAACUAGCUAUUGUAAAUGAUGUUAAUAUGUAUCAAUUGCAAAAAUGGUAUUAAUACGUACAUCAUUUUAAAAAAUGAUGUAAAUGUUAGUAUCAGUUAAAAUAAAUGAUUUCAAUUAUUUAUUUAUUAAUAAAUAAAAUAAAAUUUAUUUCAGUUUAAAAGUAAUUUAAUAAUUAUGAAACUUAGUUUGAAAUAUUAUUGUUACUUUUAAAUUACUAACGUCAAUAUUUUUUUUGUAAUUUACUAACGUCAAUUAAGUCAACAGAGUAUGAUGUAUAGAAAAUAUUUUUGAAUUCAUAAUUUUUCUUUGAAAAUACAAAUAUAAAGGAGAAAAAAAAUCAAAACUAUAUACAGAGAAGUCUCAAGAAAAAAAUGAACUGAAAGAAAGAAAAAGAUU